GCGCAGUAGCGGAGGAUGACCGCUCAUUCCCCUCGAAAACCCGGAGAGGACAGUAAAUGCUGGAGAUCAGAAUCGAGAGUGGAGUGCUGGAAAGGCACAGCAGGUUAGGCAGCAUCCAAGAAGCAGGAGAAUCGACGUUACGGGCCUUCCCUGCGUGCGCACAGCACAAAUAGAACUACAAUGACCGAUAGCUACUGGAGGUGGGGAAGUGGGUGCGCAUGCUCGAGACUGGUGCAGCCUUCACAACCCGUCCUUAUUCCCAUGGUGCCCCGCGCUCUUGAGCGGCCGGCGGCAAAGGGGGUAAAAAAAUGGCGGAGAGCAGUCACAUUAAAACAAGACUUCGGCGUUCCAAUCAAACUACACCACUGUCAGAUCAGAGUUCCUCAUCUAAAAGAAAAUAUAGCAGAAAUCAGAAGUCUGGAAACUCUGAGUCCAUCACUAAGCAGGAAGGAGCCCCACAAAGGAGCAGCUUCCAGUCCCGGCGCAGUCCCAGGCUAAACCCUGGUGUGUGUGCCGAUACCAAUCUGAUUUCUCCAGGACAUGCCAGUGUCAGCCCAAACUCCCAAGGCAGGAUGACUCUUGUCAACCUUACUGGAGAAACGGAGGUCAGUAAGCCACCAUCUCCCAACAAGCGGCUCAAGAAAAGUCCAAAGUCACGGUCACUAUCCUGGCGACGCUCCAGUUUCAAGGGUGGUAAAGGGCGGAAAUCCCUCCCACCAAUCCACCAUGACGCAACAGAGAUUUUUGAGGGUAUCAGCACAGACUUGCCUGAGGAUGAAAGACUGGCACUGCUGUUUCAUGCGUGUUUGGAGUAUACUUUGCAAAAGCUGCAACGCUCCUCGGAAGCACAAGAGGCCUUCAGUCUGGAAGCCUUUCAAAAUCACGCUUCUGAUAUUUCCAAUGAUAUUAAACGCAUUGUUGAGACUAUGAAACUAGAUGGGACUCUGAGGCAAUGCACAGAGAAACCAGACGACGUUCUUCUCAAUUCAGAAACGGAGAUGCUGAUGAAGCAGCUAAAGGAUGGCAUUUCCAGAUUAAAUGUUGAGUGCAAAGCUUGGGACCAGCUUCUGGAAGUCUAUCGCCAAAAAGCAGAACAUGCAGCUGAAGAUUUGGAGAAAGCAAAAGUUGCUGGAGGGGCAUUUGAACCAAUCACUUUGGAGAAUUCUCAGAUAAAUGUAAUUAGGACAAGACCUGACUACCAGAAUUUUCUGGAUGAGGAUGUGUCUGUUCUCCAGAAUAUGGAAUGUAUAAUGGACCAGCUGCAACUAACCAUGAACUUGAUUACUCGAGCCAAACAGGAAUGGGAUUCCUGUCUGAAAAAUAUAUCCGAAGAACUGGCAUCCAGAACAUUCAAAGGACUGGAAGAAUGUCCGGUACAGAAAUUCCUAACAGCUACCAAGGAGUAGUGAAGAGAACUGCGGUGAUUGUUAUUGGGUUGAGAGGAGGUCUUCUCAUUGGACUUUUGAUGCCUGUGGCAGUGACCUGCAAGACACUGUACUCACCUGGACUCUGCUCAGGAUCUCACCUGAGAUUUUAACACUCUCUGCACCUUGUGCUGGCAUUUGAGGCUAGUCAUAUGUUCUACUCCUCAUCCCCCAGUUUCGAGUUCAGCAGUGAAAGGCAGCUCUUGCCCAGUCCAGUUUUUAGUUUUACAGAUCCUAAGCAGGUGGUGAGUGAUUUCGGAGGCAUCAGGGCAGCUCUUGUAGUGUGGCUGUACAGGAACAUCAGGUAGGCACAGGUCCUUGCUCACCUGUGAAAUCUCUGGUAGAUUAUCCUGCUGAGGCUUGCUGACUAGGCUUCUGUUGAGAAUGAUCAUUUGGGAACAAAAUGUGAAAGAGCUGUGGGAGCUUUUGACACAGUGUAUCAAUGUAUUUGUGGCAGCAGGAGGUCAGAAAGAGACUGGAUUGAUGUGAUGUGAUUAAAUGAGUUGAAAUCUGAUGGAAAGCCGGCCUCCAGUGGCAAUGUAUAUGGGUUUUGGUAACCAAAUUCCAGGGCAGCUGCUACCAUUUUGAAGUGAUGUGGCCCAAUGAUCUUGUGAAAAUCCACAGCAUCCUUUUGCAGAACUGGAAAUGAAUGGUUUUGCAAAUGAAUGGAAAAAACUUGUGAGCACCCUUUGUCUGUUCUUUCACUGUGUGCGCUCCUUCCUGGCAAUGCAUCUAUACAUAGUCCCACAGGUCUCACUGCAGGAGAGAGUGCAUGUUGAUAGUUAGAGUCUUUCGUCUAAGGUUUUUAUGCAUCGUAAAUAUUAGGAUUAACAGCUGUAACAUGAAUGCUGAGCUUGAUUGGUCAUUGAUUUUAGAACAUUUCUCCUGUUUUUCUAGCUGAGUUUUUCUUUUUCUGCAGCAUCCAGAACAUUCAAAGGACUGGAAGAAUGUCCGGUACAGAAAUUCCUAACAGCUACCAAGGAGUAGUGAAGAGAACUGCGGUGAUUGUUAUUGGGUUGAGAGGAGGUCUUCUCAUUGGAGACCUGUUGGUGUCCUGUUAUGAAGGUGACUGUAGUGAUGGAUCUAAUUUAGCUGAGAACACGUGGUUUGCCUGAAUCUCAGCUAAACUCAAAACUGAACAGGAGUAGAAACUGUAAUCCCCUCUACUUAACUUUCAAUUUUAAUUCUGCAGAAUUAUGGAAUUACAUUUUAACGUCAGUAUUAUGCUAUGUUUUGUGCUUGUUAUUUACAAUAACAAAUUUGAACCAUUUCUGGAAGGUAAUUUUCAUCACUUGUUUAAUCAUUUUCAUUGUUAAAUAGUGAAUGUUUUCUGAGCGCUAAGCUUUGAAUGUAAAAAUAGUUACAAUUUCAGAAUAAAUCUGACAUCAGUUGCUGGAUUGUUCUUUGAUGAGAAACAUGGGAGGAUUCCACAUCCACAUGGUCCUUCGGAACCUGGUUUGCUCACCUGAUGUGAAAAUCAGUAUGCACAUUAUAGAAAUGAAACGACGAGAUACUUGCCCAAGAAUUCUCACUUGUGUUAACAUUAAGCAACUAUGGCUUCCAUCUGUCCCUGUCUCUUAUUAGCUGAAGAUUAUUGGCCAUUUCUAUUGUCCAUAUUUUCAUUGGGGUGGGGGGGGGGAAAUGAGGUAGGGAUAGGCGAACACAGGUAAGUGUACAAUCUGGCUGGUCAAUGGGAGAAAUGAACCUGGUUGGUAGCUGGGUGUCUGCCAGUCUUAACCACUUCAUGACCACGGAAUGUUCUUGUCAUAAUUAUGUACUUAAUGAUUGCAGAGAACCUGAGCUCAAAUACUAAUGUGGUAGCUUAGGAAUUUUAAUUGUUUGUUGAGUAAUACACAACAGUGAAGUCAUCUUGGUGAAACUGACUAAUCUGUUAAUUGGUUCAUUAAAUAUUCCUUAGAAAAUGAAUUUAUAAUAACUCUUAACUGCCCUUUUUGUUGUCAUAAAACCACUGCUACAUUAAAAUCCUGACUGCCAUUCAACAAGACCCAGCAUCAUCAUUUUUAUUCACUGGGGGUCACUGGCAAUUCCAGCAUGUGUUGCUCAACCUUCAUGGCUUCUUAGAAGGUGCACAGCUGCAUUCUAAACUACAGCUAUUAGGGAAGGAAGUUCCAGGAUUUUGAUCCAGUGGCAAUGAAAUAACAGCAGUUCCAAGUCAGGCUUGGAGUAGUGUUUGCAGGUGGUGGUGUUCCCAUAUAUCUGCUUCCCUUGGUCUUCUAGGUGGUAGAGAUACGGAAUGGAAGGUGACGUGCCUGAAGUGCUGUGAUGAGUUGCAACAGUACAUCUUGUAGAUAGUGCACGCUGCUGCCACUAAGAAUGGGCAAAUGUUACUGUUGCCCUGAUUCUAAGAAUGAAUUUAAAAUCCAUCACCACAGAAGUUUUCACAAGAAUAAAGUUUAUUUUUACUGAUAAAAGAAAAAUACCAAAUUUCCAGGUCAUUACACACACUUCCCUGUAUGCUGUUUAAAUCACCGUUUGACCGCCCCUUAGUCUGGGUCUUAUAAUCAGCAGGUGUUUGUGUGUUAUACUGGUACCAGCUGAGUAGCUAAUUGAUUCUAACAUUUCUUCUUUCUCAUCAUCCUUUUAUGGAAAAAACAUUUUUUUACAUUUUAAUGUUUUAAAAAUUAUUGGUGUAUUUUUUUCCUUGUAUAUUUUAAAUCCUCAGAGUGAGUGAGACAUUGCAGAAUUUACAGAUUCCUGUUGUCAGGGAACCUUUAGAUUUGAAUGCUGUUAUGCAACCAUUAACUGGCGUUUGGUAAUGUAAAGCAGGUUUCAGUUUAUUCAUGAACAUUCAAUUCUAGUAAGAAACUGACUUAAAAUCUGCAUAUUGUUAACCUGCAAGAAUCACUUCUCUAGCAUAGUUCUUGCUGCUAAUUGUUUCUCAUUUCCCCAGGGAGGCCAUGUAUAUGCUUACCCAGCAACAUGGAAUGUCCUCGUCUUUAAAUCAGUAAACCUGUUUGUGAACCUGGCCUGCUCCUUACCAAUUUUCCUUCAUUUCCUAUUGCUGAAUAGGUAAGAUCAGUAUUGAUGAGAUAUUUAAUUUGUCCAGCCGCAAUUAGCCAUUUCUAAUAAGUAUGAGGACGGGAAAGAAAUAACCUGUGAAAUGACUGUCGAGGACAGAUGGUUAAAUUACAGAAAUUACAAGAUGAUAGGAAGGGAGACAAAAAUGAGAAAUAAAAACCAUGUGGCACAGUGAAUAAUUGAUGGUGAAUCAGUAUAAGGUGCAGCAUGGAACAGGAAUAAAAUUAAGCAAGCUCCAAAUGGCCUGGGUUUUAUUCAGACAAAGGCAGGUGGGCACAACUUUUAUGGUGGUUUGGGGGGGGGGGUGAUGCUAUUCCCAAGCAUCAACUGGACUUUCCUCUAUUCCCUGGAACCAUGAGACCAGUCCUGAAGCCAUCACCACUAUACCCCAUGAGCUGGCAAGUUCCAGAAUGUGCUUAAAGAAAUGCAAGGUAUAAUCACUUUGCUGUGUAGAAAAAACUAUAACUGAAAUCCACAGCAGUUCUGGUUUGUGGCAAAACAAAUGUUUUAUUCUGUUUUGAAUUAACCAAUACAAAUAAAAACGCAAUACAUUGUUUUCUUAACUUUUUUGCAAAAGUUAUCAAGCUGUUUACACGGUAUCUAGUUUUUGCCAUGGCAUGAACCCUUUCCAGUAACUGAAAAUGACCCACCGUGCUCACAGUUAUUUCCUAAAAAAUUUAAAAGCAAAUUUAUACAUUUUAAAUGUUUAAUACAGUAGACUUCUAUUUAAACAGAUGUAUUAGCCCACCUAUUUGCAACUGUUAUUCUAUCAUUGUUGAAAAUAAAUGGUUCACUGAGAUUUCAAAAAGUCUGAUGUCUUUGUUUUUAACAAUGCAUCUUAAUUUCCUGUUAGUAGCUAUUACCUAGUUUUGAUUUGGAAUUUUUUGCUUAAGAGAGCUUUUGAAGUGUGAGGAACUUGAUUUUGGGGUAUCUAUUAACUGCAAAUAUAAUUAGUGACUCAUCUUGCCCACAUUGAUUUCUAUUAUGUUUUUUUAAUGUGACUUAGUAACAUUGUUGUAAACAUUGAUCAAUAAUUGACAGUAUAUAAUUACUGCUGUACAAGUCCCUCAGUAUGACCAGACUCAAUAAAAGAUUCCAUGUAGGACAAAACUUCAAAAAAAAAUUCCUGGAGGGAAAGAAAUGCAAAUUUGAUUUUCAAAUUAAAUGUUUUAUAAACUGUAACUAAGAUUUGAUUUAUUUAGAACAUCUCUGCAUUUAUUCCCAUCCCCCAAAAAUGCAAAUUGUAAGUGCAGGAUGAAGAAGGAGAGUCAUUCAGGAGUUAGUAACCUUACAUGAUAGUGAAAUUUGCAUUACAUCGACUGGUAAUAAUGGUACAGGUAGACAACCCUUUAUCCGAAAUCCGAAAAGCUCAGAAAUCUGAAGGUUUUCUCGUGAGGUUUUUUUCUCAUUAACAAGGCUACUUGGUGUGCAAACAGUUAACCCAACUCUACACCCACUCAUUGUGUCACUCUGGGAGGACAUGGCCCAGCACCGGCAGGCCUCUAUUCUGUCUCAAUAGUGAGUUUGAUUUUUUUUAAGGUUAGAUUUUUUUUAAAUUUCACCGUCAAACUGUCACUUAUUCUGAAAUUCAAACAAUUCCAAAAACCAGCUGGACCAGAGCGUUUUUGAUACAGGAUUGUGUACCUGUAUUAACAACACUGCUUUUACAAUGUGUAUAUCCCCCGACAAAUUAUUCCCUAAACCAAGUAAUUUGAGUUACGAACCUUAAUUUGUUUUUAUAGCUUUGUUUAAAAAAAUUCAAAGAUAAAUUUCAUGAUUAAAAUAGGUUUCUUAAAAGAAUGUGUACAUAUUUAUCCUUCUGGUUCCAUCUGAAUAAACAGAAACCUCUUGUACUGAAUGUUGACUUAAGCGAAUGGAUUACAGAUUAAAGGAGCUUUAUGGUGCUUCACUCAUCCAGAAUGAACCAAAAUGACCAAGACCGUAGGACCCUUUCCAUAUCGACAGAUAGUUUGAA